AUGUCUUAUUCAUAAAAAAACUUUCUAAAUUAGCCAUUUUAUUCUCCUGCAAAAUUUGAGAAUGAUUAAAAAGAUUUGAUGAUUUCAUAAUUGAAGGCUGAAAACUUUGAACUUAAACAAAAUGAUAGAGAUUAUUAAGAAUUGGCUACACAUUUGAAAUCAUUAGAGCAUAGGUGAAAUCACAUAUAAUAGUAGAUAUAAUAUGUUACAUGAAGAGAAGAUGAGAAAUGAAGUAGAAUUUAGAAAUAGAAGUGAUUAGACAUUAAAGACAAUUGCUAAUUUGAGAAAUGAAAUUGAUAAUUUGAAAUCCUAGUUAACUGAUAAACAUAUAGAAAAUUAAGAGAUGAAAGCAGAGAAUUUGGCAUUUAAAGAGAUAACAGAGCAUAGAACUUAAGAAAAUCAAAGAGUAAAAAGUGACAUUGCAUUAUUGUAAGAAAACAAUAGAAAAUUAUAUGAAGAAAAGCUUAGAUUAGAAACAGAAUUAUAAGCAGCUAAAGAUGAAAGAAAAAGGUAAUGAAUAACAAAAUAUUAAUAGAUUAUUACAUGAUAGAGAAAUAUUAAAUAAUACUUAUGAAGAUGUAUUGGAUAAAUUAAAUGAAAAAGAAAAGUAGUUUUCUUAAUUGUAGACUGAAUAUGAUAAUCUCGAAAAGUAGGCAUUAAUUUAUAAGGCUGAUGUAGAAAAUGUAUUUAUUAUUAUAUUGGAAUAUCUAGAUUAAUAAUGAAGUGAAAUCAAAGAAUGAAAACCUUAAAUAUACAAGAAUGUAAUAUUAAGAAGCUUAGAAUUAUAUUUCAUAAUUAUAAAAUGAUUUAGAAGAAUUACAUAAGUAGAAAGAGAAGUUUAAAUAAGAGAGUUUGCUUUAUUAAAAAAACUAUUAGUAAGAGGCUGAUACUUGCAUGGAAUUAAAUGCUUAAGUGAUUUAAUUAGAUCAAACAGUUAAACAUCAAGAGAAAACAAUAAUUGAUUAGAGAAAUGAGAUUGAGAGAUUGAAGUCUAUGCAUAUGGAAUGUUUGGAAACUACUGAAGAAUUAAAUCAUGAAUUAGAAUUGGCUAGAAGAAUUAAUGAUUAAUUUGAACAUUAACAUAGAGAUGUAUUUCAUUAUAUUAUAUAUAUAUAUAUAGGUUAUGGAAGAAUUGGAUAAGUUAUCAUUAACAGAGGAAUAAGCUGCUAUGACAAGGGCUACAAAAUAUAAGGAAUUAAAGACUAAAUUAAUUAUGGGAACUAAGCAAUUAUAGUAGUUCUCAUCUCCAUUUAAGAGAUUUUCAACAAACAAAAAAUCUUAGCUGAAAUAAUAUGAAUUUUGA